AUGACCGAAGUGCCGAAUAUAUCCACAUCUGCCCUCGUCGCACACAUGGAGUCCUCGUCCCGCUCCAAGUACGCGAUCCGCCUCUAUGACGACUUCAACGACUACAUCGAGAGAUCGACCGGUGGCCUGAUCCAAGUCGAUGAUUACCGUGAAGACGGGACAGCACGGUUGGUGGCGCGUGAUCUUGAAACUCUGGACCGGGAUGCUGUUUGGAAGGAUCCGGGCAAGCGGCCGAGCCAGGAGCAACCUCUGCUCGAGUUUUGA